UCUGAUUCGAAGACGAUGAGCAAAUUCUGCAGCGAGCUCCAAAGGGUGUUUGAUUACUUGGACGUGGAUGGAGAUGGUAAAAUAUCUCCUGCCGAGUUGCAAGGCUGCGUGACCACAGUGGGGGGCACUGUGUCCGUGGAUGAGGCGGAAGAAACUGUGAAGUCGUGUGAUUUGAACGGGGAUGGGCUGCUGGACUUCAAGGAAUUCCAAAAGCUAAUGGAGACAAGCGGGGAAGAGGAAGAGAAUGACAUGCUCAAAGAGGCUUUUGCUAUGUAUGAGAUGGAGGGGACCGGUUGCAUCACCCCCACCAGCUUGAAGAGAAUGCUGAGUCGACUCGGCGAUUCCAAGUCCGUUGAGGAUUGUAAAGCUAUGAUCCGAAAGUUUGAUCUCAAUGGAGAUGGCGUUCUCAACUUUGAAGAGUUCAGAAUUAUGAUGCAUUGA